CGAAAGCAAAACAAUUUCACAAACACGUAGCGUAGAUCAAUCGAGAGAGAGAGAGAGCACUAAAACUAUGAAGAGAAGCUCGAUUCAGGUCGUAUCUCUUGACGAACAAGACGAAGAAGAUGAUGAUUUCUUACUAGAACUCGCCGCAAUUGAAGCUGAAGCGGCGGCGAAACGCCCUAGGGUUUCUACACCGGAGGGACCAUACAUGGCGGCUUUAAAAGGAAGCAAAAGCGAGCAAUGGCAGCUAAGUCCGUUAAAUCCCGAAUCUAAAUCACGCGGUGUCGCUGUUUCCACCGGCGGCGAUUUUCAAAGAGGCGUCGCCGGUGAACUGGAUUUUCCGGAGAAGAGUUGUCCCUGUGGAGUAGGUCUUUGUUUGGUUCUUACUUCAAAUACACAGAAGAAUCCAGGUCGCAAAUUCUACAAGUGUCCCAAUAGAGAGGAGAACGGAGGUUGUGGGUUUUUCCAGUGGUGUGAUGCGGUUCAGUCUUCUGGAACUAGUCAUAGUUAUGGAAACAAUAAUGAUUCUAAGUUCCCGGAUCAUCAAUGUCCAUGUGGUGCUGGUUUGUGCCGUGUUCUUACUGCUAAAACAGGGGAAAACGUUGGCCGUCAGUUUUAUCGCUGUCCUGUUUUUGAGGGGUCUUGUGGUUUCUUCAAAUGGUGCAAUGAUGAUUCAGUCAGUGCCUCUACGACAUAUAGUGUUACCAAUAACAGCAACAUAUGUGAAUCGGAUACCAGAGGAUAUCAAACUGCAAAAACGGGCACACCCUGCUAUAAAUGUGGAAAAGAAGGACACUGGGCAAGAGACUGCACUGUUCAGUCUGGCAAUCCAUUGCCCGAAACGGGGCAACUAAAGUCUACAUCUGCAACUGGAGAUUGCUAUAAAUGCGGAAAGCAAGGUCACUGGGCGAGAGACUGCACUGUUCAGUCUGGCAAUCUGUUGCCUGAAACGGGGCAACUAAAGUCUACAUCUGCAACUGGAGAUUGCUAUAAAUGCGGAAAGCAAGGGCAUUGGGCGAGAGACUGCACUGCUCAAUCUGGUAAUCCGACGUAUGAACCAGGGCAAGGGAAGUCCUCCUCUUCAAGUGUAGAAUGUUACAAAUGCGGGAAGCAUGGACAUUGGGCGAGAGACUGCACCGGUCAGUCUGGUAAUCAACAGUUUCAAUCAGGCCAAGUAAAGUCCACAUCUCCAUCCGCAGCUGGAGAUUGUUACAAAUGCGGAAAGCCAGGCCACUGGGCGAGAGACUGCACCGGUCAAUCUGGGAAUCAACAGUUUCAGUCAGGACAAGCAAAGUCCACAACCUCAGCUAGAGAUUGUUACAAAUGUGGGAAACCAGGACAUUGGGCAAGAGAUUGCACCAAUGCUGCUUAAACCAUAAAUACUCCAGGAAAAGACAGAGGCAGUACUAGGUCAGGCUUUCUCGUGCUCAUCUGUCUUAUACAAAUCUUUAGGUCUCUUUUAUUAUAGUUAACCACAACAUUGUCAUGUCUAAUGGACCAUCGUUUUUGCUCUGUCUUCAAUCUUAUAAAUCUUUGUUUUUGUUUUC